AUGGGGCAGCAAGGCGAACCGACAGCCUUUCGCAGUUCUUCGCCUGCAAAAGUCUCUCGCAAGAGCUCGCUCGUUAUACCAGACGAUGCUGCCGCCGCCCAAACCGCCAGAAAGGAAGAGGAAAACAUGGAACGGAAACGAGACGCCGUGAGACAGGCCAUCUUCCAAGAAGCCUCGGACGAGGCUUUGGAGAUUCCCAUCGGAUACCUGAAAGUUGCGGUAAAAAUUAUUCGAUGGGAUGAAAGUAUAGACGACUUUGAAGGUCACACUAAGGAGAUUGAGCGACUAGAAUCGAUAUUCAAGAAUAAGUUCGGCUAUGAGUGCUCUGUACAUGCCAUCAAUGAUAGCAAACGUCCACAGCUCGACAUUAACAAGGCGAUACUGGAUCAUGUGCAUAAGCAUGACGAUCCUCAUAGUUUACUGAUCAUUUACUACACGGGUCAUGGUUCCAGAGACAAGGAAGGGGGGUAUCUAGAGCUAUCAGCGAAAGAGGACCCCUCACACGCUAGAGGACGACAUAUGGCGAAGGCAAGCUGGCGCAAAGCGGAAGUGCCGGUUUUGAACGAGAUGGAAGGCGACGCCCUUGUCAUAUUGGAUUGUUGCAUGGCGAGUGCAGCAGCCGCCAAGUGCAGAAAUGUUGGGUCACGGAUCUACCAGUUGUUAGCAGCCUCAGCUGAGGAAUCGUUCACGUCUGGUCCUGGGCCGAACUCUUUCACGACUGCACUCUGCAACUCUUUAGAAGAAUUGCUAGCAGAGAAGGGUGGACCAUUUUUGCUAACACAACUGUGCGAAAAGAUCAACGAGAAACGAAAGAGGCAACCAUGUCUAAUAUGGGACCGACUACGAAGCUACAAACGAACCGUGCAACUGGGACCUCUGCACCAGCACCAAACUCAGGAACGCAAGGCCGCUUUCCGGAAGGAUGCACUGGAGAGAGCGUCGAUCAACCUCCGACUAUCGCUGAAAGUCGAAGAUCUCGAUAAAGACCAAAUCAAACAUAUUGCACGGGAGAUACCUCGCAUCUGCCGCGAGGCCAAGGUCGACAUUCGACGUAUAUAUUGGGAAGGGAUGACAAGUAAAAAGCGAGCUAUGAGCAGUAUCAUAGACGCUGAUAGCGACGACGCUUUCGAAGUCACGAUAGAUGAUCGAAGUGAAGAUGCGAUCGGGGGCGCUCGUCCGAUGGUGUUCGCAGCUGCUGUGCACAGUGUCAACAGAGCUUACAGAGUUCGAAAUGCCUUCAGGAAGAUACAGGACCAUCGUCGGCCGGUUUAUGUAAAUGCAGAUGGAGGCUUCCAGCUCCUCGCCAGAACAUUAAUGACAGGUUCUAUGGCUGUGGCAUUUGCAUUGGUGGGUGCAUUGAUCUUCACCGAGACUAGGGAGAGAUGCAUCUUGUUCCUGGCUGGUGUAGCUAUGGUGGUGGCGUAUCAAAUGCAGCAGCUUGAGCAAGACUUACAAGGCAAUCGACGACGCCGUGGUUCCUGCUAA